AUGGCGGAGAGCGACAGAAGGCAUCCGGUACUGUUGUACAUCCACGGUGAGAGCUACGAUUGGGGUAGCGGAAACCCGUACGAUGGCAGCGUGUUGGCCAGCUACACCGACCAAGUGAUCGUGACGAUGAACUACCGGUUGGGCGUGCUCGGCUUCCUGAACGCCAACGUGGCGCCUCAGACCAAGGCGAGGGUCGCGAAUUACGGGCUGAUGGAUCAGAUCGCAGCUUUGCACUGGGUCAAAGAGCACAUUGCCCUGUUUGGCGGCGAUCCCAACAACGUGACGCUGAUGGGUCAGGGGACAGGCGCGGCAUGCGUUCAUUUUCUCGCCAUCAGCCCGACAGUAGUCCGUGGUCUCUUCAAAAGGGCCAUCCUAUUAUCGGGUAGUGCGUUAUCAUCUUGGGCAGUGGUCGAGGAUCCUGUUUCCUACGCACUGAAACUCGCCAAAGCUGUCAACUGCUCGGUCCCUGAGGAUUUGCUCAAGGACAACGAGCUGAUCGUCGACUGUCUUCGAGAACGUAGUCUCGAGGAGCUGAUGCAGGUCGAUAUACAACCUCCGACCUUCUUGAGCGCUUUCGGCCCAAGUGUCGACGGAGUGGUCAUCAAGCCAGACUUUCAGAAUGAUCUGCUGUCGUACAUGGGUCCAGAGUUCCAAGGAUUCGGGCCACUGCCAAAGAAGGCCGAACACGGUACCCCGAUCACCAGCAACAACAAAUACGACUUAUUAUUCGGCGUGACAACUAGCGAGGCGUUGUGGAAAUUUGCGGAAAAAGACGUUCAACUAGGAUUUGAGGGCGAGAGAAGGGACAGGAUCAUCAGGACGUACGUGAGGAAUGCUUACGUCUAUCAUCUCACGGAAAUAUUCUACACGGUGGUGAACGAAUACACGGAUUGGGAACGCACAGUGCAACAUCCAGUGAACACGAAAGACGCCUGCGUGCAGGCAUUAAGCGACGCCCAAUUCGUAGCUCCGUUAGUGCAAACCGGUGAUCUAUUCACUUUAAGGCACACGAAGAAGCCGAACAAUCCUCAUAUAGCGCCCAUACCUGACAAUGAAAAGGAACCGCUGCCUAAAACGUACUUCUACGUGUUCGAUUACCAAAGAAAAGAUGGGGACUACCCUCAGGUAAGUGACCUCGAGAGAAUUAUCGGGAAAAAUGAAUGA